ACCUGCCCCUCCUGCCCUGAGGGCUACUGCUGCCUCUGCUCAGACACUGUCCCUUCUGCAUGGAACUCCAGCCCUUCUCUUCUCUCGUCCCUUGAUUUUGUUCUCUCCGUCUCUGUGUCUGGCUGUUAACCGUACUGUGUCUCCCUUCCUCUAGAGCUGAGGACUGAAUGAAAGCAUCCACCCUCAAAGCUGCCAAGAUACCUGCGCCCCCAGCCUGUGGGAAGCCUCAGCAGCUGAACCGGAUUGUGGGUGGCCAGGACAGUGCCGACGCCGAGUGGCCGUGGGUCGUGAGCAUUCGAAAGAAUGGAACCCACCAAUGUGCAGGAUCCCUGCUCACCAACCGCUGGGUGGUCACCGCUGCCCACUGCUUUAAGGGGAAUCUGGAUAAGCCAUCCCUGUUCUCAGUGCUUCUAGGGGCCUGGCACCUGGGGCACCCUGGCCUUCGGUCCCAGAAGGUGGGCGUUGCCUGGGUGCUGCCACACCCAAGGUACUCCUGGAAGGAGGGUGAGCGUGCAGACAUUGCCCUAGUGCGCCUCGAGCAUCCUGUCCAGUUCUCGGAGCGAAUCCUGCCCAUCUGCCUGCCGGAUUCUUCCAUCCGUCUCUCUGAAGAUGCUGACUGCUGGAUUGUGGGCUGGGGGAGUAUCCAUGACGGAGUGUCUCUACCCCACCCUCAGACCCUGCAGAAGCUGAAGGUCCCCAUCAUUGACAGGGAAACUUGCAGCCGCCUGUACUGGCGGGGAGCCAGGCAGGCGGCCAUCACAGAGGACAUGCUGUGUGCUGGCUACCUGGAGGGUGGUCGAGACGCCUGUCUGGGCGACUCCGGUGGCCCCCUGAUGUGCCAGGUGGACGGCGCCUGGCUGCUGACCGGCGUUAUCAGCUGGGGUGAGGGCUGUGCGGAACGCAACCGGCCCGGCGUCUACAUCAGCCUCCCCGCGCACCGCUCCUGGGUGGAGAGGGUUGCGCAAGGCGUGCAGCUCCGCGGGCGCUCGCAGGGGAGCUCCGAGGGCGCUGCGCCCCGGUAGGGCAGCCCGGGUCGCCGCGACUUGCGGCUUCCUCUGCUGUAAAUGAGCCUUCUACCUCUGGGGGGCGUCCGCCUCCCGCUCCAGGGCUGGCCCGGAGCCGGGAGCACCUUUGUUUGUAUUGAUAUUAAUGAUUUUUACGGUUGUUUGUAACUCUGCCCACAUAUCUUAUUUAUUCUUCCAAUUUCAAUAAAUUAUUUAUUCUCCA